AUGUUUUCCACUGUUAGCAAAGUUAGGUUAUUGGAAGAUCUCUCUGCUUUUGAUCGGUUGGAGGAAGACCGCGGUUUAUCUCCGGAAGAUAAGGCAAAAAAAUGUGAGGUUAUCAGAGCCUUGGAGAUCUCCAUUUUGCAAGAAGAGAUUAGUUGGAGACAGAAGUCUAGGGUUCAUUGGCUUAAAGAGGGGGAUAAAUGCACUAAAAUUUUCCACCGAAUUGCUAAUUCGAACAGGAGAUCAAAUGUUAUGGAGUCCCUCUCUAUCAAUGGGUCUAAUUCUUCCGAUCAGCAGGUUAUAAGGAAUCAUGUCGCUCACUUUUACGAGUCCCUUUUGUCAGAACCUUAUUCUUGGAGACCUAGGUUGGACAACCUUGCUUUCGACACUCUGGAUGCGGAGGAGUCUUCGUCCUUGGAACUUCCUUUUGAGGAAAAGGAGGUCUUUGAGGUGAUUAAAGGCAUGAAUCGUGAUAAAGCGCCAGGGUCGGAUGGGUUUUCUUUAGCGUUCUUCCAAGAUUGUUGGGAGGUAAUCAAGUCGGAUCUUAUGGGAGUAUUUCAGGAUUUUCAUUCUCGUAGCAGAUUUGUGAAAAGCAUCAAUGCUACUUUUCUUGUCUUAAUCCCGGAAAAGUCUGGCGCUUCUGACCUGAAAGACUUUCGGCCUAUUAGUCUUGUUAGUGGGUUAUAUAAGAUCAUUGCAAAAGUUCUUGCUAACGGACUGAGUAAAGUAGUGGAUAAGAUUAUUUUGAAGCCUCAGAAUGCUUUUGUGAAAAGUAGACAAAUUCUUGAUCCAGUUCUUAUUGCUAAUGAAUGUCUGGACAGUCGUCUUAAAUCAGGUGAAUCAGGUCUGAUCUGCAAGCUAGAUAUCGAGAAGGCAUAUGAUCACGUUAAUUGGAAUUUCUUGAUGUAUAUGUUGAAAAGGUGUGGUUUUGGGACAAGAUGGUGUUCAUGGAUAGAGCAUUGUAUUUCUUCGGUGCACUUUUCUGUUCUAGUGAAUGGAUCCCCUACUGGCUUUUUUAGCAGCUCUCGUGGUCUUAGACAGGGUUUGAAGAUUAAUUUGGCCAAGUCUGUGCUGGUUCCUGUGGGUGCGGUGGACAAUCUGGAUGAGCUGGCCGGUGUGUUAGGUUGUGGUGUCUCCUCUCUACCUAUAAAGUAUCUUGGGCUUCCGUUGGGGGCUCCUUUUAAAGCCAAGUUCAUUUGGGAUGAUGUUGUUGGUAAGAUAGAAAGACGGCUGGCUAGUUGGCAAAGGAUGUACCUGUCUAAGGGUGGUAGAGUUACCCUUAUUAAGAGUACUUUAUCUAACCUCCCCACGUACUUACUUUCCCUUUUUCCCAUCCCUUCCAGUGUGGCUAAUCGCAUAGAAAAACUUUAUCGGGAUUUCUUGUGGGGAGGCAUAGGUGACGAUUUCAAAUAUCACCUGGUUAGCUGGUCCUUGGUUUGUACUCCUAUUUCAGAAGGCGGUUUGGGUUUACGGAAUUUAAGGAUGUUUAAUCAAGCGUUAUUAGGGAAGUGGUUGUGGCGGUAUGAGCACGAGAAAGAGGCUUUGUGGAGAACAGUUGUGGAUGCUAAAUUUGGUUCUGUUCAGGCUGGUUGGUGUUCUCUGGAUCCCCCUGAGUCUCAUGGAGUAGGGCUUUGGAAGUUUAUUAGGAAGGGAUGGAGUUUGUUUAGUAGGCAUACCAAACUGAUCUUGGGUAAUGGAUCUAGAAUCAGAUUCUGGGAUGAUUUGUGGGUUGGAGAGAUGUCUCUCAAGGAAGCUUUCCCAGGUUUGUAUGACAUAGCUUGUGACAAGAGCUCGCUAGCUGCAACGCAUUUGAGUUUGGAGUACGAGCCUUUCCAAUGGGAUGUCAGAUUCAUUCGAGCAGCACAUGAUUGGGAGAUGGAUGAUUUGGCCUCUUUUUUCGCCUUAUUGUAUUCUAUAAGAAUAGAGCGUGGUGCAGAAGACAAGCUUUGGUGGUCUCCUUCUUGCAAAGGGAAGUUUGAUGGUGGUAGAUCUUUUUGCUUGUUGGCGGACGGGUGGUCGCUCUCGAAAUGCGGCGGUGUGGAAGAUGGUUCCUUGUUGCCUCUUAUGGUGCUUGUGGAUGGAAUGUAA